UUGACUGCCACCUUCUAGCUGCUUCCGAGCGUCCGCCAUUGGCUCAGGCGUCCCCUGAGCGCUGGGAGGUGUGGGGGCUAGGCCUGGAGCGAGUCUGCGUGUCGCCGGGGAUUGAGGGUUGCGUGAGGAGCGGCCUGAAGCCUCGCGCGGAGAAGGCAGUGUCUGCACCCCGAGGGUCGGAGAAGGGGUUUCCGGGGGCUUGGGCACCGCAGACCCUCUCGGGCGCCCGCACCUGAGCUCGCCAGGCUUCAGCACGCCUGCGCGGCCAGGGUCUUCCCGCACCUGAUCGCGAGACCCCAAAGGCGGGCGGCUCCAGGCUUCCUGGCGGGUGCGAGCUGGUGGGGGCAGUCAUGGCGCAGCUGUGUGGACAGUGGCGCGGCCGGGCGCUCCUCGCUCUGCUGGCGUCGUUGCUCUUCUCCGGGGCCGAGGCCACCGACGGAGAUCGACGCAUCCACGACUUUUGCGGAGCUUCACAGGUAGUGGGGAGAUGCCGGGCCUCCAUUCCCAGAUGGUGGUACAAUGUCACUGGUGGGUCCUGCCAGCUCUUUGUGUAUGGAGGCUGUGACGGAAAUGACAAUAAUUACCAGAGCAAGGAGGAGUGUCUUGAGAAAUGUGCCGGUGUCACAGAGAAUACCAUUGAUCGCCUGAGCACGAGGAGGAGUGGAGCAGAGUCCUCUGUCCCAAGUGGUUCCAGAAGGCAGGAUUCUGAUGGCCUCUCUGAUGAUAUCUUCAACUAUGAAGAAUACUGCGCUCCCAAGGCAGUCACUGGGCCUUGCCGCGCAGCCUUCCCACGUUGGUACUUUGAUGCCGAGAAGAAUGCCUGUGAUGUCUUCACUUAUGGGGGCUGCCGCGGCAAUAAAAACAGCUAUCGUUCCAAGGAGGCAUGCAUGCAGCGCUGCUUUGGCCAGCAGAUGUAUCCUGCCCUGCCCUCUGGCGCUAAAGUGAUGGUGCUGGUGGGACUGUCGGUGAUGGCCCUGAUUGUCCUCAUGGCCACCUCUGUGGUCUGCCUGAUCCGAGCGGUGCGAAAGAGGCAGGAGCGCGACCUCCAUGCUGUCUGGACCUCUGGGGACGACAAGGAACAGCUGGUGAAGAACACAUAUGCCCUGUGAAGGCCUUGUCACCAGGAGAACUAGAGGAGGGAGGGGUGGGAGGAUGUGUGUGUGUUUUUUUAAAUAGAGUGAUUGUAUCUGUGAGAUCAUUAGGGCUUCAGUCUGUCUGUACUGUACUUGGGUGUGAGGAGCUGCUUCAGGUCCGGGACUGCUUAGGGAACCCUCAGAGGAAGGCGCUGCCGGCAGCCCAGUGUUUCCUCCUGGCUUUCCAUCCUCUAGUGAUGGUGUUCUCAGCUCAUGUCAACCCCACUGCCUGCUUUCUUACCCAUCACAAAGUAAUGCUGUUGUAAUAGGUUCCUGUUCGUUGUUGUUGUUGUUGUUGUUGUUGUUGUUUUUUAAGUAGAAACACGAGGUUUUUUGUUUUUUAAAUUAGUGUUCUAAAAGGAAGAAAAUAAAAUGUACAAGUUUAAUAAAAGGGAUUUCCCUUU